GCUAAUAUUGAUACUGCAGGCUGAUACUGAUACUGUAAACGUUGAAUCGUCAAAAGUAUCGUAUUCUACAGCUUUGAGAUAGCAUAGACGAUUCUUGGUCGUUCAGGGAAUACGGUGAAAAUUUGGGAGAUCCAGAAAACCAAAGCGAAUAUGCAACUGAGGAAGAAACUAAUGUGGCUAGGAGUUUCUCUAGUAUUAACUAUUGUACUGGCUACUAAAUGGUACAUACACACUAACAGCAGACUUGAUACAAAUAUAUCCGGACCUAGAUUAAUCGGUGAUAUGAAAACAAACGAGCCGCAUCUCACACACAGUAAAGAACAAUCAACAUUAAAAAGUGGGAAUAGGGAUCGUACAUCGUCUAUGAUGAAACGUUUGAAAAAUGCACCCAGCACUGUUUCACCAAAGGAACUCCAUAACAGUGUAGCUGCUACACCAAUCAGAUAUUCAAGAGAUGUAAAGAGGAAAGCAAAUAAAAGUAAUAAAAAGACAAAACUAAAUCGAGACGUCAACAAUGGGAAUCACAAGAGUACAAGUCAUAGUUAUACCAGCACCGAUGCAGUAGUUACAGCAAAAAAGACAUAUGAACACAGGCUAAAUAAACUUGUUAGUAUUUUAUCAAAAGCCGCUUGUGAAAAUAACAUAAUCUUAACAAUUGUUGAUAGAGCGUAUCUCCCUAUGUUUUGGAACCUCUGGAAAUCUCUUCAUAAUGUUAAACUAACACAAUGUUUCCUGCCAAUAUCGCUAGACAUUUUUACCUUUGAGGCACUUACAAAUAAAAACAUAACGACUUAUUUCGAAGUUGGAUAUGACUCAAAGUCUAAUGUAAACAUUUCUAAAUUUGGCACAGUGGAAUUUAAUAGGAAAACAAACCAAAAGAUUACGUAUUUACUUCAAGUGUUGAAACUUGGGUACAAUGUCCUGUUUACUGAUGGGGAUGUGGUGUUCCUCAGGGAUCCAUUUGAGACUUUAAACUGUGUUUAUCCCGACUGUGAUCUAGCUGUACAGAGUAAUGGUAUGCGUCUCCCCUGGCAACUAUUAAAGGAAAGCGGUCUCCAUAGAAAUACAAAAACUGAUGAAAUCAACAGUGGUUUUAUGUACCUUAGAGCAAGCAAACCAACGAUCUCAUUAUUCACAAAGGUCAGAUCAUUAUCUAUAAAAGGAAACUUUUCAAGAAAUGAUCAAGAUUACCUUAACAUAGUAGCACAACCAAUUUUGUGCAAAACUACAAAAUCAGACUUAAAAAUUAAAAUUUUAGACAAACAGAAAUAUGUGCCUGGAUUGGUACUUAAACAAAUGCAGAAAGUUGCACCUGAAGUUGUGAUAAUACACAAUAAUUUCCUCAUGGAGCAUACAGAUAAAAUUGCUGGUUUUAAAAAAUUCGGACUUUGGUAUGAUCAUAAUAAAUAGUCUACAUCACCAAUAAAACUAAUGAUCAGAUAUCAAACUCCAAUUAGCUUUUGCUAUUUAUUCAUUUAUCUCAAAGCCAGAUACUCAACGCUUAUUAGGUCAGAGUGACCUUGUCAAUGUGACCUCUUCCUGAUUGAUCUACAUAUAAAAUUCAUGGCUGUUCAAACAAUGAUAUCUGACACGUCCACUGGCAGAUUCAGAAGCUAACAAGGGGAAGACACAUUUCGAGUUAGAAAAAAUGCCCCCUGAAACGAAAAAUUGGGCUUAUUUAAGGCCCAUUUUUUGAUAAUUUGGUCAAAGAUUAAAA